AUGUACAGUUCCCACCAGCUCCGAGGGAAUGUCUCCAACGCUGUGCUCCCCAGCGACUUCCGAGAGGUGCUGCAGCGGCGGCUGGGGGAGCUGGAGCGGCAGCUGCUGAGCAAGGUGGCUGAGCUCCAGGACGAGAAGUCCCUGCUGCACAACGAGACCUCGGCGCACCGGCUGAAGACCGAGAGUGCCCUGAACGCCCUGCUGCAGAGGGUGACCGAGCUGGAGCGAGGCAACAGCGCAUUCAAGUCGCCUGACGCCUUCAAAGUGUCCCUGCCCCUGCGCACCAACUACCUAUACGGCAAGAUCAAGAAGACGCUGCCCGAGCUGUAUGCCUUUACCAUCUGCCUGUGGCUGCGGUCCAGCGCCUCGCCAGGCAUCGGCACCCCCUUCUCGUACGCGGUGCCUGGGCAGGCCAACGAGAUUGUGCUCAUUGAAUGGGGCAACAACCCCAUCGAGCUGCUCAUCAACGACAAGGUCAUCCAGCUGCCCCUGUUUGUCAGCGAUGGCAAGUGGCACCAUAUCUGUGUCACCUGGACCACUCGGGAUGGCCUGUGGGAGGCCUUCCAGGAUGGGGAGAAGCUGGGCACCGGCGAGAACCUGGCCCCCUGGCACCCCAUCAAGCCAGGGGGCGUGCUGAUCCUCGGCCAAGAGCAGGACACAGUCGGGGGCCGCUUUGAUGCCACGCAGGCGUUCGUGGGGGAGCUCAGCCAGUUCAACAUAUGGGACCGUGUCCUGCGUGCACAGGAGAUCGCCCACAUCGCCAACUGCUCCAGCAACAUGCCAGGCAACAUCAUCCCCUGGGUGGAUAACAACGUUGAGGUGUAUGGGGGGGCCUCCAAGUGGCCCUCCGAGAGCUGUGAGGAGCGGCUGUUGGACCUGUAGCCAGCGCCCUGGCUGGCAUCUGCCGUCACUCCUGCCUAAAGGUCAGGGCAUGGAUGCCCCAGGGACCUGUGUCAGCUCCUGCCCAACCAGGAUGUGGCCCAGAGCCCCCUUCCCAGGCACCCGAGGCCCCGAGACAGCAUCUGUCACAGGCUUACCUCUUUCCUAACAAGACUCAGGGGGACAUGGGGGCAGUGCCAUCGUCUCCUGGAAAGAAGUUCUGAGCCAUGAAUGCCUGCUUUCUGUUGUGGGCCCCAGGGAAGGCUCGGGGCCCCUCUUCCAAAACCCGGCAAUGCUUGUGCAGCCCCCAACCUGGCU